UCGAGAUUCAAGAUGGAGUCGUUGAGUCGAGCGGGGCAGGAGAUGAGUCUGGCGGCUCUGAAGCAACACGACCCCUACAUCACCAGCAUCGCAGACCUCACGGGCCAGGUCGCUCUGUACACCUUCUGCCCCAAGGCCAACCAGUGGGUGAGUGAAACCUGUCCACUGAAGAAUCCAGCCUGGCCGCCGCCGCCUCUUAAAGGGGCUACGCAGGCUGCCUGGGGUAGGAGCCAGGCAGGAGGCCUGAGCGGUGGAGACAAGCCAAGGACUGGCCUAGAGCCCAACCAGAGCCUGAGAGGUGUUUGGGCGCUCGGGAUUGGGAAGAAAGAGCGAGCGAAGUAGCCAAGACACGUCUCAGGAAAAGGCUGAUGAAGGAAGGGAUAGGAGCAGAAUCAGUACCAGAGGAUCGAUCGGGUUUGGGGACGUGGGCGACCUGUCUUUACAGAGGAGAAGACAGAUAUAGAAGGGACCUUAUUUGUAUAUCGACGGUUUUAAGAUAAUUUGGACUUUUCUCCAAUUAAAUCUAAGGUCAGCCUCACCCUACCAUGGUUUUACCAUUGUAAAUCGACUGAAUAUGCACAAUCUAGUUGAACCAGUGAAUAAAGAUUUGGAAUUUCAACUCCAUGAACCAUUUCUUCUGUAUAGAAAUGCAAGCUUAUCAAUAUACAGUAUCUGGUUUUAUGACAAGAACGACUGUCACCGCAUAGCAAAACUCAUGGCAGAUGUGGUAGAAGAGGAGACACGGCGAUCCCAGCAAGCUGCUCGAGAUAAACAGAGUCCCAGCCAGGCCAAUGGCUGCAGUGACCAUAGGCCUAUUGACAUCCUGGAAAUGCUGAGUAGAGCCAAGGAUGAGUACGAGAGGGCUCAGAUGGGCGACUCAAAUAUCUCCAGCCCUGGGUUACAGCCAAGCACUCAGCUUUUCAAUCUAGGAAGCACUGAAACUCUAGAAGAGACGUCCUCUGGAUCACAAGAUAAGUCUGCUCCAUCUGGACAUAAACAUCUGACAGUGGAAGAAUUGUUUGGAACUUCUUUGCCAAAAGAACAACCAGCAGUUAUGGGUCUGGAUUCAGAAGAAGUAGAGAAGCUCGCAGGAGAUGCCACCCAGAAAGAGCCCAGCUCGUUCCUACCAUUUCCCUUUGAGCAUUCUGGAGAAGCCGCUCAGUUGGAAAACCUAAGUGUCCAUUCAGCUGCUCACCACACAGUCCAACCUGAAGUCUCUACUCCGGUGCUCAUCACUCCAGCUUCAAUCACACAGUCUAGUGAAAGGCAUGCUCCAAGCUACACGAGCCCAUUGAGCCCCGUUCUCAGUCCCACUCUGCCACCUGAAGCUGCUACUACACAGGUUGCCCCUGCAUUACCUCGAAAUAGCACUAUGAUGCCUGCAAUGAAAACCACACCUAGGCAGAGGUCUCCACUGUUGAACCAGCCAAUCCAGGAGCUAAGCCACAGCAGUCUAAUUGCCAGCCAGAGCCCCUUCAGGGCCCCACUGAGUAUGACAAACACAGCUGGCACACCCCUCCCAAGUGUUGAUCUUCUGCAGAAACUCAGGUUGACUUCACAGCAUGACCAAAUACAGACACAGCCACUUGGGAAAGGUGCUGUAGCACCCAGCUUUCCUCCAGCAGCUGGCCAGCUGGCCACACCCGAGAGCUUCAUAGAGCCUCCCCCGAAGACAGCAGCCGCCAGAACAGUGGCCUCUGCCUCCCUGAGCAACAUGGUGCUUGCUCCCCUUCAGUCUAUGCAGCAAAACCAGGACCCUGAAGUAUUUGCCCAGCCUAAGAUGCUAUCCAGUGCCAUCUCGGUUGCAGGCCCUCCAUUGGUUACUGCGACAACCACAGCAGUAUCUUCAGUCCUGCUAUCGCCAAGUGUUUUCCAGCAGACUGUUCCAAGGUCCGCCGACCUUGAGAGAAAAGCAAAUUCUCCUUCUCCCCUCACCAUUGGCACACCAGAAAAUCAGAGAAAGUCUUCCCUUAUUCUCAGCAAGUCUCAGCUCCAGGAUACAUUGAUACAUCUGAUUAAGAAUGAUUCCAGCUUCCUCAGUACACUUCAUGAAGUUUACCUGCAGGUUCUGACCAAGAGCAAAGACAACUACAACCUAUGACUGGAGUAGAAUAAAUCCGAAGGCAGAGGUCAAUCAAGAACAAAUUGACUUCAUCAUGGAAAUUUCUUUCUAAGUAGAACAUGGAGUUUUGAGAAUUAUGAAAUCGAGCCUAUGAAAGACUCAGUCCUUAAGAAUGUUUCUAAGUGACAUUCUCAGUGACAAUGGAGGUUUCACUGUGAAGCAUCACCAGCAGACUUUUAUUUUGACAAAACAACAAAACGACCAUUGUAUUAAGCUAUAUGGGUGUUUUCAUCAGCUAUGCGGAAGUAUGUGAAAUAGGGAGUCUGGUUUUUCAGCUUACUUUCAUUUUCAAGGACUUAGGGAGAAGUAGCCACCAGCCUUGCAGCAGAACUCAACCUCACCUGCACCCCUUCCCCACCCACCCGCCCACUAGACGUGGCAUUAGGCUGACAGUCUAGUGUGGAACAGAAUAGAAAUCAGUUCUAACAGUAACUUUGAGUUUUAAAGGAUCAGAGUUUAAGUUGACAAAUUAGGAAUUAUUUGUUCAAGCAAAGUAUAUUUUAAAUGUAUGCCCCCAUUUGGGCCUUUAAAAUUGUGAAAUUUGUCAGCAUCUUGUUUUUAAAUGUCCACACUCCUGCCAUGCAGCAGGCACCAAUGCAGCAUUACUGUUCAAAUAGGGUCCUUCUGAGAUUUUUGGUGAUACAGAAUUUGAAAUAGGCUGGGACUGGGAAUGCUCAAAUCCUACCAGAAAUUUUCAUUUUAAGUUAAACUUUCCAGUGGUUUUGGAAAUGUUAAAUUGUGUGUGGAACACAGCCUUUUAUUUUCCUUUUCUGUCUAAACCGAUAAAAUUCAUUGUUAUUUGUUUUAACACUUUCAUAAAAGGACCAGUGGACCAAUCUGACAAAGCCAUUCUGGUUCCAUUCCUCAAGUGUACUGAGAACAGUUUUAAAGCUAUGCAGAAAAGGGAACUGUUAUUCACACUGCCCUUACUUUGUUGUUGAAUAUGGCAUUUAGAAGAAAGUGUGAGAUUCAGAACUUUACCAGUGUAUUCCUAGGCUGUGAGUAUUUUUCCAGCCCAAAGUGUGAAAAUGUGUAAAGAUGCUUUGUUAUGCUGCUAUUGAUCUGCCAUGAUUUAUAUUUAUUCUUUUAUGGCAUGUAAUGGUGUUUAGUAAUAUUUUAAUGUAGAUUUUGAUUUAUUUCAGCAAUAGUAAUUUUAAGAUAUUCUUUGAAUGAAAGUGUCUUCGUUUCUAUGAUACAGAUCAUUUUGUAGUAUUUAACCAGUUAAGAUGCACUGCUUACUUUUCUGAGCACUAUUUAAUGAUGGGGUAAAAACCCACGUGGCUCAACCAGCUAGCAUAAGGAUUAGCUGUGAAUAAUGCUGACAAAUGUGAUGGUUCCUUGGGAACAAUCAUUUAAGCUUUAAUGGUAACUCAAUCAUAAAUCUGUAGGGGGGUUUUCUAGCUGAAAUUUUAGGAAAUUACUUGUGAAUUACAUACUUUAGUUUGGUCUUAGUUUUUUUAGGAUAAAGAAUACUUCGUCUGAUUGGCUUCUGUUGAUCUAACAUGCUUCCUAGACAGUGUUUCUGCUCAGUUUAGUGUCUUCUCUUACUGUCUACCUAGUUAUGUGUGAAUCGUGUAGAAUUCAGGGAAGCUUAUAGGUUGUCAUACUCUAUUAGGGGUAGUUUGUUUUCAAAGAUAGUGUAUAGACUCAGCAACCAAAAAUGAAUUGCUAAUACGUCAUCCAAGAUAGAGAAAGUUACAGUGAGAGAAAGUUACGGUAAGAUAAGGAGUGUUGCUGACACCAGAGAUGGUGUGCAGAAAGCCAUGUGGCUGUUCUCAUAAAAUGAAUUUACCGGUUGGUUUGAUCAUGCCCCAAGUAUAGUCUCAGGGGCUUUAGGAAAGAGACAAAUCAAGGGAUUCUCGCUAUAAUAGACAUUUGAAUUUAAAUGAUGCUUUUGAGUAUGUUUAAUAAUAUGAGAGCGUACAAAGAGAAUACCCUACAGAGGGGCUAUAGUCAGUCACCCUUUAAUCCUCAGAAUGAAUAUGAUGGACAGUAAAAGAAAAUCUAUGAUAAGGCUUCCUUAGUGUUAAAGUAAACUUAAGUGCCCAAGUCAUGGAGACUUGAAAAAGGUAAACCUGUUUCACUCCCAAGUUUAUAUAAAAAUGCAGAAGCCAGAAGUUCGUGGUCCUGAUUACCAGGAAGUUCAGGCCAAAAUGAAUCCCCAGAGAGCCAGGCCAAGCCUGGAUUCUUGCAGUUGGAUGACCUUGGCUAGUCACAGUUCAGUUGCCUUAUUCUUCGUUCAGGCUUACUCUCCAGAACCUCAUGCUAGCUUAGAUUGCACAUUUACAUUGCUGCCGCAUCUUUACUGGAAACUUAGAACAGAAGUGAACACCAAGAUGGAGGUGCUUCUUGCUAGGUUUUGCAGAACCCCGGGAGACCUGCAUUUAGACCACUCAGUCCAUCUAUUCAUAUAUCCAUUCCCCUAACCUUUGCAGCCCAGAGUAUGGUAUGUGUACAGGAUCAUCAAUGGGUGGCGCUGCUCUUUAUGUUGUAAAGCGAUGUCUUUGAACAAAUCAUACACACCUAUGUACCUUGCAGAUGGCCUUAUUCCUCUCUCUUGAGCAUCUCUCCUGGGAUUUGUGAGGUGUAAAAGUUGGCCUGCUUGACCUUGGAACCUAAGUUUUCAAGUGACCAUCAAUGUCAGAAGCAGCAUUUCAUGCAGUCUGUGUGUGGAAUGUCCACAGCUUACCUUGAACAGAAGUGUUUUGGGUUUUUUUUCAGAAUUUAAGUCAGCCUGGGCCCUUCUCACAGGAGGAUGCACAGGCUUACCUUAGAAUGUAUCUGAUAGAUUUUGCAUGUCCAUGCAUUUGUUAUAUUUCUGGCCUGUGUUUUCUUGUAGAAACCAUAAAUCCCACCAAAUCCACUCUUAGGUAAAUAUUUUUAAACCAUGCAGCUUUAUUAUUCUCCUGCCCCAAAGAAUGUAGUUUGAAUCUUUCUCUUUUUGAUAGUAGAGGCCAUAACUGCCAAUGUAUUACUAAUAAUGCAAUGUGAAAUUGAAGGUGCCUAACUGCUUACAAAACAGAAUCAGCCAUCCCACUGUAACUUGGGGAGGAGUGAGGUGGCGCAGGCACAGGUGAGCUUUUGCAGCAUGGCAAAGAGGACUGUGAGGGGUCAGGGACUGCGCCCUGCAUCCUUGCCCCGUGUUGUGUGCAGACCAUGUUUCUUGCCUCCCUUUGGUUUCCUUCAGCUGCGUUUACCUUCUAGAAGCAAUAGUGCUCUGCUUCUCACUGUCUAAAAUGUUGAGAUCUGAGCAGAGCAGCUUACACUAGGCUUUUUAAAACCUAUGCUUGAGAACCUUUCAGUGAGUGGGCCAGGGCCUCAGGAAGCCUGUUUUUCAGCAGAUUUCAGCAGGAGAGAUACGUGCAAUGUUUCUCAGAUUUGGAUUUGGCAUCUUUCCUUUAAAUGCUAAGAUGCAAUAUUGAUCAUUUCGAAGUGGGAAAAAUGCAGAAUUGUGUUUGCCCUUUGUCUGUGCGAAUCCUUAGGAAACAUGUUUUUAAAAUAUGUGUUCUAAGUGAUCUUUUUAUCCUGUGUCACUGCUUUGGCCAUGUGGCUCUCAUGACCUUCAUUGUACUGGAUUCUUGGCUCCCAGCAGUGUGGGGCAAGAAGCUGUGGGGUGACAGCAAGAUUUUUUGUUCCACAAGCGCAAUACUGAUACUGCAUCAUUAACAUUUUUAACGGUAUGGGUUUUAUACCAUCUGUGUAUGUUUGCAAAUAUUAAGUUAUUACAUGUUUUAAAAUGAGCAUUUUUCAUCUUAAAUUUUAUAUGUUUGCAAAUAUAUUUUUUUAAUAAAAUCUCAAAACCAA